ACCCUCUGACGUUUCAAGAAAGUAAACAAGUAUGGCGGAUUGUACAGAGGCUAGCUACUUUGCUGUUACUAACAUUCCAGUGAAAUUUAGAUCCGCUAACCUCCGAAACUACUUUAGUCAGUUUAUUGAAAGCUGUGGAUUCAUUUGUUUUCAUUACCGGCAUCGACCUGAGAUCCAAAAAGACACUGCAAGUGCCGUCGAUGAACGAAAAACAGAAGCGGCUGAGACAGAGGCUAAUGUUACAGUUAUAUCAUCCCAGAGCAACGAUGAGGACACGAAUCCUCCGACGGAUGCCCCUCAAAGUACGGCUACAGUCGUGAACAACGUGAAAUCUUGUUGUUGUGUGGUGUCAGUCCACUCAAAGGAAGCAGACCGGUUCGUGAAAAUGUACUCAGGAAACCAGUGGAUCGAUCCAAAGGGAAACUGGCUGGCUAGGUGUUGUAUCAUCAAAAGAGUACGAGUUUCCUCUCUGAGUGGUGAUGACGCCUUUCCAUACAAGACAAAGGCGGAACAGCGGCGCAGAGUGGCCCUGAGCGAGUGCUUUACCGAAGCCGACUUGAAGGCGCUGCCUGAGCUCAACCCUCCUUCCCUAAUGACCGCUGGUAAUGUGGGCACGCCCGUCACCGUCUUCCUGCAGCUCAUCCAGUCCUGCCGCCUGCCCCCGCGCCUCAUCCGCAAAUUGGGCCUCAUCUUCCCUAAGACAGGCUCCCGUCGGCGCUACGGCAACGUGCCCUACCUCUACCGUGGCUCCCGUGAGGUCGUCGCCACCGCUACGGAAGAGAACGUGUUCACAGCGGGAGGCCAUGAGAUCUGUGGCCCUGGAAAAGUGCCUCCUCCUGGGGUUAGAGGUGUAGCUUCUGAGGGGUCCAGUAGCGCCCCGGAGAGAGAGGAACAACCAGAGCCAGAGGAGGGGCAGGAUGACACGCAAUCUGAUGCUGAUGACGACGAUGACCGCUGUGAGGAGUGGGAAAGGCACGAGGCUCUGCACGAGGACGUGACCAGUCAGGAGCGCUGCAAGGAGAGGCUGUUUGAGGAGGAGAUCGAGCUCAAGUGGGAGAAGGGAGGAUCCGGCCUGGUCUUCUACACAGACGCCCAGUAUUGGCAGGAGGAGGAAGGAGAUUUUGACGAACAAACUACCGAUGACUGGGAUGUGGACAUGGGUGUUUACUACGACAAAGAUGGCGGAGACAUGGACUCGCGGGAUUUUGUGCAAAUGCAUAAGGAUUGGAGGUUAAGGGAGGGGCUGGAGGAAGCGUCCAGCUCCCAGCAUCACAUCGGAAGCUUUGAGAAGUUUACCAAGGGCAUGGGAAGGCGUCUGAUGGAGAAGCAGGGCUGGAAAGAUGGUGAUGGGUUGGGCCAUAGUCAAGUGGGCUUAGCUGAAGCUUUGGAGAAUGAGGGACAACAUCCAAAGUGCAAGCGAGGCUUUGGUUACCAUGGAGAAAAAUUGAACUCCUUUCUUCCAGCGAAAAAAAGAAAAGACUUUCUCAUUUCCACAAUAUAUGACGAUCCCCUAGACAUUGAUAAGGGCGACAGUCUCAUGCGGCGUCAUCCAACCACCAGCCUGAAGUACAGAGAAUGGCGGUCAGGGGGCACCAUUGGCCCAAAAAGAUGACGAUGUUGAAACGUUCAUGAUUUAAAUCAUGAUUUUUUUUUACAGAUUUCAGAGGAAAAAUGUGAGGGGGAUAUUUUUUUAUGUUUUGAGGUCAAAAGAAGAAACAGUUAUGUCCCUUUUCAGUUUCUACUGUAUCAGUACAUUUUUUUUAAUUGUUUUUGUAACUGUUGUUUUGAAUAUAAUUAUGUUUUUUUGCAAAUAAAAGUGAAAGCGCUGUGUUUAUAA